AUGGAGGUAAAACCAAAACGACACAGUUUUGCUUCCCUCCAGUUUAUAUUGACGGCGUUUAUCAACAACGCAAGCAGAAUCAAAACCCUAAUCCCUACACAAUCAUUUGGCCGUCUCCGAGAAGAUGAGCUCCGGAAACUAAACGGUGAAGUUUCAGCUCCACGAGACGGAGAUAUAGAAGAUGACGAUCCGCUAGUGUUGAGCUCCCAAGCAUUGGCGGCGCUCCAGGAAUUUCUAGCCGACCAGAACAAGACUGCCGAGAGCACUCCGCCGGCGUCCUCCAUCGCCGGAGAAGCUGAUUCCGAUAAAGUGGAGCUGGUGACAGAAGACUGGAGACUCAGCCAGUUCUGGUACGAACCUGAAACCGCAGAGACUGUAGCUGAGGAAGUGAUCACACUCUCCAGUAGAUUCUCAGGCUGUCGAGUCGCUUGCAUCGCUUGUCCUACUCUCUAUGUUUAUCUCAAGAAAAGAGAUCCGAGUCUCCAGGUGCAAUUGCUGGAGUACGAUAUGAGAUUCGAGAGAUAUGGAAGUGAAUUUACGUUUUAUGAUUACAACGAACCAGAAGAUCUGCCAUCGCAGCUCAAACAUUGCUUCCACAUAAUCGUUGCGGAUCCUCCCUACUUGAGUAGAGAAUGUUUGGAAAGAGUUACCCAAACGAUUUCGUUCCUCUCAAGUCCGGUUGAUUCUUUGUUGCUUCUUCUCACAGGAGAGGUGCAGAGAGAUCGAGCGGGUGAGCUAUUGGGUGUUCGCCCUUGUGUGUUUAAGCCUCAUCACUCUAGCAAACUCGGAAACGAGUUCCGACUGCACCAGAUUAGGUGGCUUGGAAGAAGACAGCUAGUUCUAACUUUGCCCAUCUAUGUUGACUUGAUCGUUUCCGCCGCCGGGAGUAAGGUUUUGUGGCGGAGAACGCUCAUGUCUUCCGUCGAUGGUCAAAAGCUUAUUUCUCAACUGGACUUAACGAAAAAGCCGGUUCGACCCGGUUCGCCAAGCUUAAGCAAGACCAAAAUUAUAAACCGGGCGAAGAAGUUAAGAUCUCGAGAAGAGUCUUACGGUGGGAGAGAAAACGAGAGAAGCAAGGUCCUUCCAUGGUCGUCGAAAUUCAAAUACACACAAUCAGGAGAGAAGGGGACUAAUUCUUGCGACUUCGGAAAUGAGGCCGAACAUUGUUACCGAGUUGGACAAUGGUGGAAUGCCAUACCGUUCCUCACGUCGUCAGUGGUGGUAGUUUGUGGGCUUAUCUACCUGAUAUGCCUCUUAACUGGUUAUGACACUUUCUAUGAAGUUUGCUUCUUACCCUCGGCAAUUAUAUCGCGGUUCCAAGUUUAUAGGUUUUAUACAGCCAUUGUUUUUCAUGGAUCGCUGCUUCACGUUCUGUUCAACAUGAUGGCAUUGGUUCCUAUGGGCUCCGAGCUGGAGAGAAUCAUGGGAUCUGUCCGUUUGCUUUACCUGACCAUUUUGCUGGCAACAACCAAUGCCAUAUUGCAUCUUCUUUUAGCAUCCUUGGCGGGAUAUAAUCCCUUCUAUCAGUAUGAUCAUCUCAUGAAUGAAUGUGCGAUUGGAUUUUCUGGAGUCUUGUUUUCUAUGAUUGUCAUAGAGACAAGUCUCAGUGGAGUCACCUCUAGGAGUGUCUUUGGUCUCUUCAACGUGCCAGCUAAACUUUAUCCAUGGAUCUUAUUGCUAGCUUUCCAGCUUCUCAUGACAAAUGUUUCACUGCUUGGCCACCUAUGUGGCCUCCUGUCUGGAAUUUCAUAUUCUUAUGGCCUAUUCAAUUUCUUGAUGCCUGGCUCUUCAUUUUUCUCCACCAUUGAGUCAGCCUCCUGGAUGUCUAGCUGCGUAAGGCGCCCCAAGUUCAUUAUGUGCACUGGCGGGAAUCCUUCCAGCUACAUGCCCACUUAUUCUGUACAAAACACAACAUCCAGCGGUUUCUCUACAGGAAAUGCUUGGAGAUCUUUGUCUUCGUGGUUGCCACAGAGGGAAGCAUCUAAUCAGUCUUCUGAGGACAGUAGAUUCCCGGGAAGAGGUAGAACUCUUAGCACUGCCCGUGAUCCAACCGCUCCAGCUGGAGAAACAGACCCAAACCUCCAUGCUAGGCUGUUGGAAGAUAGCACUCCAGACCGCCUUUCUGAUUCAACUGUGACCGGCAUGACAGAGCCAAGCCCCGCCGCAAGACAGGCGCCAAUAGCAAAUGCAGCAGUCCAGCCUCAAUCCCAGGGUCGUGUUGGUGCUUCCGAAGAACAAAUUCAGAAACUCGUUGCCAUGGGCUUCGAAAGGACACAAGUGGAGGUUGCACUUGCCGCUGCCGAUGACGAUCUAACCGAAAUGGAGAAGAACUUCACUUGGGUUCUGAAAAAGUUCUCUUCUUUGCAACAUGAGAGAUGCUACUCUCGCCCCUUCACCGUCGCCGGCUACAAUUGGCACCUUUGUGCUUUUCGGAAGGGAGAUAAGAAUGAUGGUCACUUGUCCUUGUUCGUGGAACUUGCUGAUCCUGAAUCUUUGCCACCUGGAUGGAGAAGAGACGCCAAAUUUAGCCUCACUCUUGUGACUAAGGGUUGUGGCAAAUCGAACUUAGUCUUGGUUGGGCAACGCUGUUUCAAUGCAAGGGAAAGGGGUUGGGGUGCUAUUGAGUUCGUGUCCCUUACCAAACUUCCUGAGACUGAGGUUUCCAACGGGGACAAUGAUGAUGCGCGUAAAGAAGAUGUUGAUGAAGAAGCUUCGUCUCUUGUUUCGAAUGAUAGUGCUAGAAACGGGACUUCUCUAGACCAAGUGAAGUCCUUGGAGGAUGCCUCUCAGACAGUAGAAAAUGGUGGUAAGGGGUUAAACAAUGUGGCAUCUGUUACUGAGACUGCUAAUAAUCUGCUCAAGGAGAUUCAACCAUCUAAGGAAACAAUGGACGUCAAUGGCUUUGAAGUUUUUUCUUCCCAGGUUGAGUCGGUGAGGCAUAUAUUCAAAAGACACCCGGAGAUAGCAUCAGGCUUCCGUCCAAAGAACCAACAGAUCAGAAAAGCUUACAUGAAUGAACUCCUUAGCGUCAUCGAGUUGAUGUGCGAGUCACCAGAGAAGCUCUCCGAGGAUGAUCUGAGCAAGGCUGAUGAGACGCUGGCUGAUCUGACUGAUGUCGGCUUUAAAUUGGACUGGCUGAAGACAAAGUUCAUAUUCUUCGAGUCAUUUCUCGAAUGGGACUCGGUCGUGAAAUUAACUUGA